ACAGCCGCUUCCCGGGCCGGGCCUGCGUCCUUGGGGCCUUCCUGGGGCCCAGGCACCCGCUCUCGGGCGGCAGGGGCUCGGCCCUCCAGGCGAGGGCUGACAGGAGGCAGCCCAGCUGGGCCGGCGGGUAGGGCCCGGUGGGAGGUGAUCGGCUUUCAUUCUUUUUCCAAGGGAGGAGGAAGAACUGGGGUGGGGCGCAGGUGGGGGCCUCCCUUUGCCUCCCCUCCACUCCCUUCAUCUCUCCUUCCUUUUGUGGAGUGAUUAGAUAGGUUUCCUGGCUGCACCUUCCGGGAGGAGGAUCAGGGUGGGCAGUGGGAUUGCGCCCCAGGGGCCUCUGGCUCUGGCAGCCAUUUAUGCCAGAAAAAGAAACAACCACAACACAGUUGGAUUGAUGCAGCCAGACCUCGAACGUGCUCAGAGCAGCCACCUUUCUCCUCUGCCUGCUUAGAUUACCAAGUGGUACCUGCUUGUUCAUGCAACCUGCUGCCUCCACCAAGAGCAGCAGCCCCUUUCCUUCCUCCCUUCCCAGAAGAUGCUGAGGAUGACAGCUUUUAGCUUCACUCUUAUAUUUUGUCGACAGAACAGUUAGAAGUCAGGCUGGCCUAUGAGGACAUACUUUACCCUUCCUCCUCUCAGGAGAAAACUUACAAACUUUUCAACUUCAGAGGCGGAUGAGCUGGAAACCUGAAAGUGGGUUGCCUGUGACUCUAAAAAUUCCUCCCGCUCUCUGGCAUUAUCAUAUGCUGCCACAAAGUGAACUGCUCACUGUGGAAGGCAGAGUUUCCCUGGCAGUGUUGGGACCCUGUCUUGAAGCACCCCCUGCCCUGUAGACGCAGCCUUGUAUUCUGUCUCCUCACUUGAUGACUAGGGCCGUCUGACCAGUCCUCCUCCGUGCUUUGUCUGAGGUCCUUGUCCAUCCUUGAGAUUGGGCAACUUCUCUCUCUGAGUUGGGUCACCUUAAGCGGGAAACUGAAGCCAUUAAUCUCCAAACCCUGUUUCAUCUUCCCAAGCAUGUCGGAAAGCUGGCAGCAGCCGCCUCAGACACAGCCGCAGCAGCCCCAGCCACCCCAACCUCAGCACCAUGCCGAGCCCCCACCGGCCCUGGCAGAGCAUGCGCUGCCCCCUGGUACUGCUGAGAACCCCCUGGGCUGUGCGGUCUAUGGCAUCCUCCUGCAGCCAGACACGGGCCUGCAGCCUCCACAACAUGCACCCCUGCAGGCAGCCGGGGAGCCAGGACCCAAAUGCGGUGUGUGUGGUCACGACCUGGCACACCUGACUAGCCCUCAUGAACACCAGUGCCUGGCGGGCCACGACCGCUCAUUCCAGUGCACGCAGUGUCUCAAGAUCUUCCACCAGGCCACUGACCUGCUGGAGCACCAGUGCGUGCAGGCCGAGCAGAAGCCUUUCGUCUGCGGAGUGUGCAAGAUGGGCUUUUCCCUGCUCACCUCGCUGGCACAGCACCACAGCGCGCACAGUGGCCUCGUGAAGUGUUCUAUCUGUGAGAAGACCUAUAAGCCAGCCGAGGCCGCAGAGCCUGCCACUGCUGCUGCCCCAUCACUUCCGCCAACUGCCCCGCCUCCUACUGUCGCCCCUACAGAACAGGCUGAUAAACCCUACAGCUGUCCCAUCUGCCAGAAGCCCUUCAAGCACCUGUCGGAGCUCUCCAGGCAUGAGCGGAUCCACACAGGUGAGAAGCCGUACAAGUGCACGCUGUGUGACAAGAGUUUCAGCCAGUCGUCCCACCUGGUGCACCACAAGCGCACGCACAGCUCUGAGCGGCCCUACAAGUGCGCGGUCUGCGAGAAGACCUUCAAGCACCGCUCUCACCUGGUGCGCCACAUGUACGCGCACUCCGGCGAGCACCACCUGUUCCGCUGUAAUGUGUGCGAGCUGCACUUCAAGGAGUCCUCGGAGCUGCUGCAGCACCCCUGCACUCCAAGUGGCGAGCGGCCCUUCCGCUGCGGCGAGUGCCAGAAGGCCUUCAAGCGGCCCUCGGACUUGAGGCAGCACGAGCGCACACACAGUGCCGAGCGCCCCUUCAAGUGCGACCUGUGCCCCAUGGGCUUCAAGCAGCAGUAUGCGCUGAUGCGGCACCGGCGUACACACAAGACGGAGGAGCCCUUCAAGUGCGGGCUAUGCGAGAAGGGCUUCGGGCAGCCCAGCCAUCUGCUCUACCACCAGCACGUGCACACCCUCGAGACUCUCUUCAAGUGUCCCAUGUGCCAGAAGGGCUUCGACCAGUCGGCAGAGCUGCUACGGCACAAGUGCCUGCCCGGCGCAGCCGAGCGGCCCUUCAAGUGCCCUGUGUGCAACAAAGCCUACAAGAGGGCGUCGGCCCUGCAGAAGCACCAGCUGGCGCACUGCACCGCGGCCGAGAAGCCCCUGCGCUGCACCCUGUGUGAGCGCCGAUUCUUCUCUUCCUCCGAAUUUGUGCAGCACCGCUGCGACCCAGCCCGAGAGAAGCCACUGAAGUGCCCAGACUGUGAGAAGCGCUUCAAAUACGCGUCAGACCUGCAGCGGCACCGGCGGGUGCACACGGGCGAGAAGCCCUACAAGUGCCCCAACUGCGACAAGGCCUUCAAGCAGCGGGAGCAUCUUAACAAGCACCAGGGUGUCCACGCCCGAGAGCAGCAGUUCAAGUGCGUGUGGUGUGGCGAGCGCUUCCUGGACGUGGCCCUGCUGCAGGAGCACAGUGCACAGCACAGUGCUGCCGCUGCAGCUGCCGAGGGCGCCUACCAGGUGGCCGCCUGCCUACCCUGAAGCCAGGCGAUGGCUCCUAGGGCCCAGCCCAGCCUCGCCUCCUUAUAGCUGCAGCCCACCAACCCCCCACCCAGCUCCAUCUUCUUAGGCUCCAGGAGUGAGGACAAACAGUACUGGGCCAGUGGAGGGUGAGUGUACUCAGCACUCCUGUCACCAGCCUGGCCCUGGGGAGCCAGAUCUGUGGCCAGUCCUGACUCCAUAAACCUCUUUCCCGUUGCAGGGUUUGCUUUCUGAGGGCAGUAGUUUCCCUCAUCUCCGGAGGACUGAAAUUCCACGGGCAGUCACAUGCUCUCUCUCUGUCCCAGGGUUGGGGGGUCUACCAACCCAAUCUUUCCAAAUCUUUCAGGCCACAAGAUGGGUUUGGAAGGAGUAUGGUCAUGGUAGGUUCUGGACCUCAGAGGUGGGCUGGGUAUAAGGCAUCCCCUCAAGUUGCUGUUUGUGACCUAGUUCUGGGGAUCAGGAUAGACUGAGCCUCAGCCUUUUGCCUGCCCCAGACUGGGGUGAUGUGUCCCUUGGGUUUCUGAUAGUCAAGUUGUCUUUGGGAAGCUCUGUCUGGAAAGUAAUGGGCAUGGCUAGGAAGGGGGAAAGGAGGAUUGGCCCAUCGAAGGCUAGUCCUGUGGUUUUGAAAGCCCCCUCCCAACUUGCAGUGUGCUUCCUAUUGGUGGUGGGGAGUGUAUCCUUAGCCAGAUGGAACUGCUGAUGGGGGAGAGGAAUGUAGGGCGAAGGGGAUUGUAGGAGGAAGUAGGGUGAGGUUCAUGAUCCCCUAGCAGAUGGAAACAAGUAUCCUCUUCUCAAAUUUUGAGAACCAAAAUGUUCAGGGCUCAGGGGCAUAGCCCCAGUGUGCUUGCCCCAGCCCUGCCUCAGGGCCAAGACCAGGUCCGGGUACCCAGGGGGAAUGACCUCUGACUCCACAGUGCGCUCCUAGUCCAUGGGAGUGCCAUCCCUCCAUUGUUUUGGCUGCUGGCCUGAACCUAGGGAUUUUAUAUUGUCAAAAUGCCCUGGAUAAUAUCCAGCUACUUAGAAAACUGCAGUAUUCUCCUGUGGAUCCUCCUAGAGUACCCCAGGUCUCUGGCUGCCCUCAGGGCUCUUGGAGCAGAAAGUGCCCAGGGCAUAGGGAACAGGAGGAAACAGUGGGUUUGGGAACCCAGCAGGCAGUGUGCCUGGCAGGAGGAUGGGGUCAGCCUGGUUGCUGGUGGCCAGGGCCUGCUAAGGGGCCCAGAGGCCCUUUGUUACCAAAAUAACCAUUUUGAACCCAGCUUUGCCCCCUGCCCUCUUCCAGCCCCACCUCUCUCUGGUGUGGGUCUUGAAAGAAGACUGAUCAGUGCACACACCAAGGGCCCGGAGGUGCAGGAAGACACCACCUUGCCUCUCUCUUACCUUCUGAAGUCUGAACAGCCACAUCUGCCUCCUCUGUCUGACUGGGUUCCCUCCUGUGCCUGCAGAGAGGGGGCUAGUCCUUCCCCUCGGUGCUGGCUCUCAGUCACAAUGCCUCAAAAGACCAGAACCCAGGCUUACAACAGUCCCAACCGCUAUUUUUUUUCUUUUCACUUUGCUUUCUAAAAGCAGUUUGUUAUACUAUUCAUAACAUUGUAUAGUUUAAUUUCAUGUCAUUUUCAAUCUUAUACAUAAAUGUGAAAAUCUGGAUUUUUAAAAAGGAUGACUCCAUUUUAGGUAGCCACUUUUGAUGUUAAUAUAUAGUGAACCCAAUGUAUGCUUUAGAAGUAAAGACAUCGACUGUCAUAGACCAAA